AUGAGCAGGCGCGAGCCCCGCGCCUCUGCCGCCGGCGCCGCACAGAAGGAUGCCCUCCACGAAUUCGAGCAGUUCAAGAAGAAGUUUCUGCUCGCCAACAAACACAUCACGAAACUCAACUCUAGCCUCAGUACGCGCUGCCAGGAACUCGAGACACUCGUCGCUACGCUCAACUCGGAGAACCUGCGGCUGCACGCCACGAUGCUGUCCCUUCACGCCGAGCUGAAGCGCGAACGGGAGAAGACGAUCCAUGCCAUGGCCGCGCUCGAGCGCACGACUAUGCACGCCCUCGUACAGACAUUCGGCAACAUCCGUACCGAGCUCAACAUCCCCCCGCCGCCGCCGAAACCGACCUCGCCCGGCCGCUCGCCGCCCAAAGUUCGCCGCCCGGAUCCGUCGCUGUCACCGCACGCGAACCGACUGGCGCAAGCGCCCAAUUUCUCGCAGAUCGCCGAGGAGGACGAAGAAGGAAUGGAGGGCAACGCCUCGCCCACCCCCUCGCCCCAGCUCCACCGGCGCAGGAAAUCCGGCGGUCGCUCGUCCGGCUCAUCUUCGUCCUCCGGGCCUCUCACAUCUGCGACACGCCCUGCGUCUACACAGCCUCAGCCUCUCGCAUCGCUUCUACCCGCACCACAGAUCGUAACAGCCAUCCAUGUUGAUAUCGAUGAUACCCUGUUGGCGCCCAGCACGCGCAAACGUAUUGCACGGCGGCAGAGUGGUUUGAUCGGUACACCUGCGCCCGCACCAUCGAUUCACUCGCUUACACCACCACGCCCGCCUAGUCCCGCGUUUGGAUCGCCCUUACGUCGAGCCGCGGGUCUUGCCGAAGAAGAAGAGGAGAACGGAGUGCAGGAUCGGGAUGUGCCGGACGCAGAAGCGGACGUCGAGGAACAGCUCGCGCGAGCCGCAGCCGCGAAGAAGGAGAAGCGCCGUCGGCUAAAGGCGUUGUCGGUCCAGGCCGGGGAGACGGAGGGGGAGAGCGAGAGUGCACGCGAGCGGGACCGAGAUAGGAAGGAGAGGGACAGGGACAGGGAGAAGGAGAAGGAGAGAAGGCGGUCGCGGCACGAAGCGGACGAGCAGGGUCAAGGACGUACCGCGUUACCGCCCCUCGAGAUCCCCUCGAUUCCCCUCAGCAUACAAUCACGAAGAUACUCUACGCCUGAAGACUCGGACGUGCCGACUUCGGCCUUUACAACAUCUACGCGCCCAACGCUUACCACGCCCGGCACCACGCCCGGCCCUUCGCAUCUCCCAACACCUCGCACGUCCAGCCCCCCACCGAUACCCCACGAUCCAUCUCCAGAACCCGAUCUCCCAGCGGGUGGGCGCGAGCGCCGCGUGCGCAGGAGUGUGAACUACGCCGAACCUAAACUGAACACUAAGAUGCGCAAGCCCGAUCCGCCGCCCGAGGCGCAACCACGGCGCUCUUCGACCGCCGCACCGCGCUCGUCCGUCGCUUCCCGCGCAUCAUCUUCGGCGGUGACGGACGACGUGAACGUCACGGUCAAACGCAAACGAUCGCGGCCGCAGCUGCCCGUAAACGAAGACUCGGACGAAGGCGGGGACGACGACGACGGCGCGCAGGCGGACGAGGAGUACAUGCCGUCGCGCGAUUGGGCUGGAGGGAUUACGCGGCGAAGGAGUACACAGGCUAGCUCGAGCCGGCGCGCAGGCUCGGGCGUCGAGGAGAGGCGGCACAGCACAUUGAUAUAG